AUGGCCUCUCUCCCUGCAGCCUCGAACUGGACCGCCGGCGCGGGAGGAGCGGGCGCUGACGCCGGGCACCUGAGUGAGGCGCUCACGGCUGGGGCAACAGCGGGGGCGGCUGAGGCUGACUGGCUGCAACUGCUGGCCCAAGCCGGCAAUCUCUCCGCCUCGUCCUCCACGAUGGGACUGCCCACGACCUCCCCCGCGCCUUCGCAGCCCCGGGCCAACCUCACCAACCAGUUCGUGCAGCCGUCCUGGCGCAUCGCGCUCUGGUCCCUCGCAUACGGCGUGGUGGUGGCUGUGGCUGUCUUCGGGAACCUCGUGGUCAUCUGGAUCAUCCUGGCCCACAAGCGCAUGAGGACCGUCACCAACUACUUCCUCGUGAACCUGGCUUUCUCCGACGCCUCCAUGGCCGCUUUCAACACCUUGGUCAACUUCAUCUAUGCUCUUCACAGCGAGUGGUACUUCGGCGCCAACUACUGUCGCUUCCAGAAUUUCUUCCCUAUCACAGCGGUGUUCGCCAGCAUCUACUCUAUGACGGCCAUUGCGGUGGACAGGUAUAUGGCCAUUAUUGAUCCCUUGAAACCCAGACUGUCUGCCACAGCAACCAAGAUUGUCAUUGGCAGUAUUUGGAUUCUAGCAUUUCUUCUUGCAUUCCCUCAGUGUCUGUACUCCAAAAUCAAAGUCAUGCCAGGGCGUACUCUCUGCUAUGUGCAAUGGCCAGAAGGUCCCAAACAACAUUUCACUUACCAUAUCAUUGUCAUCAUACUGGUGUACUGCUUCCCACUGCUCGUCAUGGGCAUCACAUACACCAUCGUUGGGAUCACUCUCUGGGGAGGAGAGAUCCCAGGAGAUACCUGUGACAAGUAUCAUGAGCAGCUAAAGGCUAAAAGAAAGGUUGUAAAAAUGAUGAUUAUUGUCGUGGUGACAUUUGCCAUCUGCUGGCUGCCCUAUCACAUUUACUUCAUCCUCACUGCAAUCUAUCAACAGCUAAACAGGUGGAAGUACAUCCAGCAGGUCUACCUGGCCAGCUUUUGGCUGGCAAUGAGUUCGACCAUGUACAAUCCCAUCAUCUACUGCUGUCUGAAUAAGAGAUUUCGAGCUGGCUUCAAGAGAGCAUUUCGCUGGUGUCCUUUUAUCAAAGUUUCUAGCUAUGACGAGCUGGAGCUGAAGACCACCCGGUUUCACCCAACGCGGCAAAGCAGCCUGUACACUGUGACCAGAAUGGAGUCCAUGACAGUGGUGUUCGACCCCACUGACUCGGACAGCGCCCAGCCCGGUGGGAAGAAGAGAGCGAAGUCAAGAGACGCGAGCUUCCACAGCUGCUCCGGCAGGAAUUCCAAGUCUGCCUCCACCACUUCAAGUUUCAUCAGCUCCCCCUACACCUCCGUGGACGAGUAUUCCUAAAUCCGUUUCUGGAGGUGGGAGUGUAGAGGGAGGCCACCGUGGAGCCCGCCUGGGCCCUCCUUCUCCUCACCACGCGUCGGUCCUGUCCUGCACACUCUCCGGAAAGAGGAGGGCAAUUUUUAGGCAGCUUUGCUGCGCUCGAGAAAGGUAGCACAUAAACAUAACAAAGACACUCUUAGGAUAUUUGCCUCCCUCAAAAAUAAAAUGGGCUUUAAACUUAUCCCUUGAAAAUUCUAGAUUAUCAUACAUAACAAACUU